AGAGAUUACCAAAAAUAGACAAAACAUAGUGAGAUAUGAGGAGCAUAGUUGAGUAUGCAAAUGUAGUGGAGAGCCAUAAGCUUUACAUAGCAGUGCUCUUCAUACAGUUUGUUUAUGCAGGGAUGGCUUUGCUCUCCAAGGCAGCCAUUUCCAGAGGAAUGAAUCCUUUUGUUUUUGUUGUUUAUAGACAAGCUUUUGCCUCAGUUGCAUUGGCUCCCUUUGCUAUCUUCCUUGAAAGAAAGAAGGCACCUCCACUGUCAAAUGUUUUACUUUGCAAGAUCUUUCUGGUUUCCUUUUGUGGAUUAACUCUGAGUUUGAAUCUCUACUAUAUUGCAAUUAACAAUACAACUGCAACAUUUGCUGCUGCAACCACUAACAUAAUUCCUGUCAUAACCUUUAUAAUGGCAGCCCUACUGAGAAUGGAAACUGUUUCUAUAAAGAAUGUCCCUGGAAUUGCCAAGCUGAUAGGUUCUGCUACAGCUGUUUCUGGUGCUCUAGUGUUUGCUUUUGUAAAGGGACCUCCAUUGAAGUUCAUGAACUUGAAUCAAUCCACUCCUGAUGAUCAUAUUCAAGACUCAUCAAUAAAGGGUUGUUGCUCUAGUGGAGAAUGGAUCAAAGGUUCUCUCCUGAUGAUCUCAGCCAAUAUAUUAUGGUCUUUGUGGUUUGUGUUGCAGGGUCCCAUUGUGAAGCAAUAUCCAGCUAAGCUGCGUCUUACUGCUUUGCAAUGCUUCUUUUGCUGUGUACAGUCAGCCUUUUGGGCCAUGGCUGUGGAGAGGAAUCCUUCAGCUUGGAAGCUUGGUUGGGAUCUUCAUCUUCUUGCUGUAGCCUAUUGUGGCAUAACUGUGAAUGGGAUUUGCUAUUGGCUGCAAGUUUGGACAAUAGAGAAGAAAGGACCAGUUUUUGCUUCAAUGUUCACUCCUUUAGGACUUCUCCUUACUGCCAUUUUCUCUGUGUUCCUGUGGAGAGAAACUCUUCAUUUGGGAAGUAUUGGUGGGGCAAUUUUGUUGGUGAGUGGGCUUUAUGGAGUGCUAUGGGGGAAGAAGAAAGAAGAAAGCAAAAGCAUGACAAAUGAACACAAUUCAUCAGAAACUAAAGCAGAAAUCAAAUUGGAGUGUAUUACACAUCAGUAGUUGAUGUGUUGGAAAGAAAUUGUAGCCAAUGGCCUUUCUCCACACACUCACUCAUCACUUGCUCAUCAUUGUAUUUAUUAUGUAAUUUUUAAUAAUAUAAAUCAAUAAGGAUUAAA